CAUAUUUGUUUCCUGUUCAACAGUUUCAGACAUUACGUGCAAAGAAUUUUGAGUGCAUUGAAAAUGCUUCUUUUUCUGAGUUGUUGGAUUAUUGCAGGUAUUACAGCAGAGGACCAACCAACGUUGCACUACCGGACAAAGUGGAUUAUAAUCCAAGGAACCACUCCUUGUGUAUCAAGAAACUCACUGAGAUGGACAGUGGCAUCUAUAAAGUUUCAAUCACUGAUUUAAACUUUAAAGAAUCAACUGAGCUCCACAGACAUAUUGUUGAAGAAACUGUUCCCAGACCUGUCAUCAGGAUGUUAGUAAUGCCCUCCAACCAAUCUGCUGGAUUCUGCAACAUCAGAGUCAACUGCUCCAUCCAGGAUGACUGGGUGUGGUCUGUCUGUGAUGGAGCCAGUUGCAGCACAUCUCAGGGAUCAUUAAGGAAGGUCAACAUCACCAUCUCCGCUGACAACAGAUCAAUUGUCUGCACUGGCAACAACCAUGUCAGCACAAGCAACAUUUCUGAAAGCAUAGAGGCAAAGUGCUUUAAUAAAUCUAAUCCUGGACAUGAAGAGACACCACAACUACCCAUUGUAAUAAUGAUAGUUAUUGCAAUGUGUGUAUCCUUCUGUGUAUUUAUUUUCUAUAUGGCUAAGGGGCUUUCAACCAAAAAUAAUCACCAUCAGGCACAGACAUCUAGUGCUCAGUUAACACAAAGCCAGCCGGUGGAGGCACAGCCCCAACUUGUGCCAAGAGUCUCCACGUCUUCUUCCGGUCAAUCUGAGGCCUCUUAUGAAAAUGUGGAUGCCGCACAGCCCAGCCAGACCAGCAGCCCAACCAUCAGCCCAAGAGAGGAACUGGGGUCCAAGCAAAGUCAGAAAGUAGAUACUGUCUACAGCGUUUUAGAGGUAGCAAAUGUGAAUGCCUCUCUUGGAAAGAGUGACGGCAGUAAAGCUACGAAAGGACACAAGAAGAUACAAGAGGCAUUGACUUCACAGUCGGUCACCGUGGAUGAGGCAGAACACCCCACCCAAAUUGACACAGUGUACAGUAUGUUGCAAAAGCCAAAAAAUCUGAAGUCACAGCACCACCAAUAGGUCAAACAAGCUUUUCAGAAGCCAAAGAGAUGAACAUGACAAGUGAACCAAGCCUGUUAGAGAGCAGAGAUAGACAUUCAUGCAGUAUUUACUUGAGACUGGAGGACCCAUCGUAAUGGAUUAUGCAAUUAUUUGGUACAGUGUUAUGGUAUUGUGGUAUUUGUUUUCUUUCAGUUUUUUAUAAAAAAUACAUUUUCUUCAAUAAUGCAAUUUAUUCUUCAUUUUCCAUUGUAAACAUUUGUGUGCUUUGCUCAUUGUAACACAUAAAUGCUCAUUGCCAACUGCAAGCACAAGAACUGAACUGAACUUGCCCUUCAUGAAUGACCCACCACUAUAACAGCAUGUACUGUAACAUCUAAUUUUGUCAUUGGCAGCAGCAGUAAGCUACAGACUAUCAGCUGAAAAAUGAGAGUUUCUACUUUAACACAUAUAUUUCAGACAUGCAUAAUUCAACCAGGAGUUAAUGAAAAUAUUUCAUAUUAGUAGCAUCAUUAUUAGCUACUUGCAAUGCAAACCAAGCAUUAAAACCUGAUCAUGAAAAACACAGAAUGCAGAAAAUGUCAGCUAUUCCAAUAUGAUGCAUGCAAAACCAAAAAGUAAACCAGAGCUUAACUGCGGCAUUAGAAUGUAAAAUUGGUCACUCUUUCCUUAAAACCCUAUUUGGAAUUUUUGUUUGUCUCUGCUAGUGUCAGUACAGACUAGAGAUGAGAAGCCUGUUACACUGAUCACUAAAGGACUUGCAUUUUAGCAUCUUAUGUGAUUUCAAAAGUUGAAUAUACAGUACAGGAUUCCUACAUUGUUCAUUGGUCGACACACACAGAAUGAUGUACUGUAUGUGCAGAGCUGGAAGAGGAGACACUGAAUUACACUCACUACAGUGAACCUAAGUUUGUCCGGUCUGUAGGUGAGCAUGUUUGAUUGUUUGAUUGAUUCACUCAAUAAUAAUAUAUUCAGUCUACUA